UCAGUCUUGUCUAUAUGUUUAAUACGUUCAGUUGUGUUUUUCGGACGAAAACCGAAAAAAUCAAACGUUAAUUCUUAAGUAAAUUUUUGCAUUUUAUUGAAGUGUUCAAAGUCAUUAUACUAAAUACUAACCCAUCAUGGAUCGGGCGUCUAUUUAUUUUAUGGACGAAAGUCAACAAAACACUUAUGAUUUUGAUGAAGAAUUACCACCGCUACCCUUGCCAGAUUUACGUGAUACUAUGCAGAGAUAUUACGAAAGUGUUAAACCUUUUGGGAGUGAAGAGGAAUUGGCGGUAACUCGUAAAGCUAUAGAGACAUUUGAAAAAGGUAUUGGAGCUGAAUUGCAAGGAAAAUUAAAAGACAGAGCAUCCAAAAUGAAAAAUUGGUUAGAUGAAUGGUGGGAUGCUUAUGCUUAUCACAUGUUAAGAUUGCCACUAAAUCCUUAUAUUGUAAUGGCUAUGCCUAUCAAGUUGGAAGUUAUAGGCCUAUCCGAAACACCAGACAUGGCCUUAAAGAAUUUAGCUCGUUUUGCUUAUCAUACUAUUGAAUUUUGGGAUCUAUUGCAUAAGGCCACCAUUAAACCUUUAUCUUCAAAUGGCGGUAAAAUUAAAUAUUCUUCUGCCUUGUAUAAACGUUUCUAUUCUACUAGCCGUAUUCCAGGCUUAGAAAUUGAUCACGUUGAAUCCCAUUUUAAGACUGUUAAGGAUGGUAAAACUCCUUCUCACUGUUUGAUUUCGGGUAAAGGUCGCAUUUUUAUGUUUGAUUGCUUACAUUCCAGUGAUGGUUCCCUAGUUACACCUCAAGAAAUUUUAGUAGUACUGCAAAGAGUACGAAGUAUUAUAGAUUACGAACCUAUGGGUGAUUGUGUACCGGUUUUAACGCAUGAUGACCGAACUAGUUGGGCAGAGAACCGCACACGUUUAACAGAAUUAUCACCAAGCAAUAAGGAUACUUUGAAAUUGGUUGAAAGUUCAAAUGUAGUGCUGGUGCUUGAUGAAAAUGAGCCACGCGACUAUGCCGAAAUUUCACAAGUAGCUGUUAAUGGUGAUUACCAUUCCAAGUGGGGUGAUCGUAGUAGCACCUUAAUCAGUUAUAAAAAUGGAAAAUUCGCUUGUGUGGGAGAGCAUUCAUGUUAUGAUGGAACCGUUAGUGUUAGCUACAUUUUAUUUAUACAACUUAGUUUAAUUGAAGAACCUGAACCCAAUUGGUCAGAGUGCGGUGUUAAGCCUUUGGUACCGCUAAGAGAAAUUAAAUUUGAUUUAAAUGACACUCUAAGAUCGGAAAUCGAACGUGUUAAACAAGUCUGUGAUGAAAGGCGCACUGAUGUGUUAAUAACCCAUGAAAUAUUCGAAGAUUAUGGUAAAGAUUAUAUCAAAACAUGUAAAUUACAUCCAGAUUCAUUUGUACAAGUCAUUAUGCAAUUAGCAUACACAGAAAUGCACGAAGAAAUUGCUCCCAUUUAUGAAACCGCCUUGAUGCGUCAUUAUUACAAUGGCCGUACUGAAACCUUGAGAUCUUGCACUAGUGAAGUAUAUAAAUUUAUACAAAUCGCCCGUAACACAAAGUCCACAAAAGCUGAAAUUGUUGAUGCUUUUCGCAAAGCCGUCAAUCAUCAUAACCAUAUGAUGAAUGAGGCCCGCAAAGGACAUGGAAUUGAUCGUCAUCUGUUCGGUUUAUGGUGUACUGCCUAUGAAAAUAAAAUUGAUAUACCUGAUUUUUAUUCAGAUCCAUUGUAUUUGAAAUCGGGUGGUGGUGGCAAUUUUGUCUUAUCAACCAGUACUUUAGGUUAUUCCGUAAAUGUGGGCUUUGUUGCUCCUAUGGUUUUGGAUGGUUAUGGCGUUUUCUACACCAUCACGGGAGAACACGUUUUUAUACAAACUUCAGCUUUUCGCGAUAGCCAGAAAACUAGUGCCCACAAAUUUAAUCAAUAUUUUAUAAAUACAUUCCGUAAAAUGAGAUCAGUUCUAGAUGGUGUGACAGGGUCAAAGCUGUAAUUCAUUGUUUAUUGUUAAGACUAUAAAUAAAUGAACCACAUAUUAUAUAUAAGUAUUUUAAGUUAGAAAUUGGUGCCGUGUAAUAAUUGCAGUUUUAUCCCCAUCAUAUUUAAAAUAUUUGUUAUAUUUUGUUAACACCAAUAAUUGUCUAGUUUUACAAUAUAAGAUAAUUUUUGAUAU